AUGGAAGCGAAUUACGAGUAUGAAGUUCCUGGUCUUUCCGAUGCAUUGACUGAAUAUAGCAUUGAAAUGGAACAAAAUGAAAAGUCACCGACCGUUACUGACCUUAAAGAAAGAAUGCUAUUAUUGGAAGCAGAGAAUAGAUCAUUAAAACAAAGAAAUGAAGAAUUAAUGAAACGUACAGUUGAAUAUUCCGAGAUGAAAAGACAACAUGAAUCCUUAACAAAUGACAAUCAAAGACUCAAACAUGCCUUAGUCCAAGCAAACCGUGAAAUUAAAGCCUUAGAGCAGAAAUUAAUGGAAUCUGAAGCUUGUACUCAAGGACUUCUCUUUGAAAGAAGUGAAAUUGCUAGUUGCCAAUCUAUUAUUAGUGAAUUAAGGAACGAAAUUGAAGAAUUACUAACCGAGAUAGCAAGCAUGCAGCAAGAUUUCUCCAUGUAUUACUUGGAUUUUAAAACUUUGGCAAAUCAAAAUAAGCGUUUAAUUAUUCAACUUCAAGAAUCCUUACACAAAGCAAGGAAACAGAAUUUAAAACUUGUUUCCGUCUUGGAUUCAAGAGGCCAAGUUGCUAAUACCGAUCCGAGGAUUGCAAAUACAAUUGCAGAAAGCCAAGAUACUGAGAACCUUAGAAAGCAAAAUUUAAGACUUCAGACUGAGGUCAACUUCUUCAAAAAUGAAGCGAAAGAUCACGAGAUUAAAAAUAGAAAAUUACACUCACGAUUAUUAGACAGCAACGCCAGAUUAGUGCAAGUUAAUAGUAUAUUAAAGCAAUCGACUAGACUGCAUAAUUUUGAAAAACAACGUGAAUCUCGUAGACCGAUGGUCAAUACUAAUGAAACUAAUGCUAAUGCUAAUGCUAAUGCUAAUGCUAAUGCUAAUGCUAAUGAAAUCAUUCCAAAGAGCGAAGACUUACCAAAGCGAAAUUCCUACUUAAGUUCGACUUCAUAUGGUUAUCACAGUGCCGCUGACUCUGGUGAGGUUCGUUCACAUGAACGGUUAAGUCAAGAUUUACACUCCUUAUACGAGCACAGUGGCUGCGAUUUAUCAGAAAGUAGUAAUGAGGAUUUUGGACAUGUGCCUAGAGAAUAUAUGCAAUUAUGUAACAUAAAUCGGAAAAGUAAUGGAAGCAGUAACAACAGCGCUACCACAAUGGUAGCUAGUCACCAGCCGAGGGAUUAUCUUAAUCCCGCUAAUCAUUAUUAUACUCAUCGUGAGGCGGUUUUGGCCGGAAACGAAAGCACAUCUAGUAGUAGCACCAUAGUGCAAGGAAGCUACAAUCCUCACAGAACGUCUUAGUAAAAUUAUACCUUAGUGUACAUUAGACUACUAAUUUCCGUGGCAGGAGUUACCUGUACUCAGUUAUUUAUGUCAAUUAUUACUGAAGCCUAAAUAUUUUCAAAUUGAAACAAUUUAUGUUAUUACUAUUUAGCCCUAAUUAAUACUACUGAAGUGGCAGUAUUAGAUAUAGCAAUGCUGACGCUAGGGUAGUU